CAUCCCCGCCCACUGGCAAGAGAGCUCCCAGCACCGCCAGCUGCACAGGCGCGCGGAGGGGACCAUAAAAGCUGCAGCAGAGAAGCAGAGCUCGCCCACCACCCGCUGAGCCGCAACCCACCAUGCACGUGAACGGCAAAGUGGCCCUGGUGACCGGUGCAGCGCAGGGCAUAGGCAGAGCCUUCGCCGAGGCUCUGCUGCACCACGGUGCCAAGGUAGCGUUGGUGGAUUGGAAUCUCGAAGUAGGCAUAAAGUGUAAAGCUGCCCUGGAUGAGCAGUUCGAAUCUCAGAAGACUCUGUUCGUCCAGUGUGAUGUGGCUGACCAGAAACAACUGAGAGAUACUUUUAGAAAAGUCGUAGACCAUUUUGGAAGAUUGGAUAUUUUGGUCAAUAAUGCAGGAGUGAACAAUGAGAAAAACUGGGAGCAGACACUGCAAAUUAAUUUGGUUUCUGUUAUCAGUGGAACCUACCUUGGUUUGGAUUACAUGAGUAAGCAAAAUGGAGGUGAAGGUGGUGUCAUCAUCAAUAUGUCUUCAUUGGCAGGACUUAUGCCUAUUGCACAACAACCUGUUUAUUGUGCCUCAAAGCACGGCAUAAUUGGAUUCACACGCUCAGCAGCGAUGGCUGCUAACCUUAUGAAGAGUGGGGUAAGACUGAAUGCCAUUUGUCCAGGCUUUGUCAACACACCAAUCCUCAAGUCCAUUGAAAAAGAAGAAAAUAUGGGUCAAUACAUAGAAUAUAUGGAUCAGAUCAAGGCUAUGAUGAAAGUCUAUGGCAUCUUGGACCCAUCCACCAUUGCCAAUGGAUUAAUAACACUCAUUGAAGAUGAUACUUUCAACGGCGCCAUUAUGAAGAUCACAGUUUCUAAAGGAAUUCAUUUUCAAGAUUAUGACAUCAUGCCAUCUUGUGUAAAAGAUCCAUGAACAUCUUAAGCAUCAACCAUCACUGAAAAAAAGCACAAGUGCCUCACUCAGACUGCAUCUUUACUAAAGCUUUUAACGAAAUGAUGUAGUAUGAAACCUACCUUUAUGUAUCUGAUGUUAAUAUUUUUCUAAAUGAUUAGUUAAACGUGUAGAUAAAGAUUACGAUAAGCUAGGAAAAAUACAGUGCAAGCCAAAACGGGGUUAUAGUUCAUAGUCUAAGGACAGAACAAAGGAUAUCCAAGACAUAUUCUGCCUUUCAGAAAAUAUAUUUAUCAGUGUAGCUCAUAAAUAUUAAUAGUUUUCAGAAAUGGGAUACUUGAAUUGUUAUUUAAGUCAAAACAGACCUUAAGUGAUUCACUUUGAAUGUUUGCACUUCAAAAGGAGGAAGCUACUUUGCAAAGGAAAUGUUUAGUAAUAAGAGUUUGUACAUUAUCUGCAAGCUAAACAUGUCAACUCUUUGAAGAUCUGGUGUGUGGAGGGAGGUCAGUAGUUAGGGAAUGAAUUCCAGUGUGACCAUGUCCCAAUAAAGCAUCUGAUGUAUGGGAAAAUGAUACUGUUAUUAACACUAAAGUUUUACAGCCUCAAACUAAGACACUUUUUUCCCUUCCUAAAUUUAGAAAUUCAAUGGAUUCCACAAGCCUCAGGAAUGAAACUUUUAACAGUUAUUGCAAAAAAGGAGAAAACUGUAAAAUUUUAUUUGUAUUAUAUAUGCUAUUAAGAAAUGAAUCAGAUGUAUUUUUCCUGAUUGUUUCUUUGUCGAUUUGUACUAAUUUCAAAGUGCCUGUCUUUCAAUAAAAAUCUUUUAUUUGAAUUAACAUAAA